AUGUCCAAGGACCACACCUCGCUCCCAAUGCAGAGCCUCUCAAUCGAUGAGAAGGCCGGUCACGACCCUAUUACAGGCCAUCGCACGCCUUCUGUGGGCACUCCCGGUCACAGUGGUUUGGGCGCACAACCCACCAACGGCAUCCUUCCAGGCGGCGGCGCCAAGAGCGACAAAAAGAAGAUGCACCCUGCCGUUAUUAUCGUCCUCUGGAUCGCCCUCUCGAGCAGUGUCAUCGUCUACAACAAAUUCGUUCUUGACCCCAAGCAGCUCAACUUCCCCUUCCCCGUCUUCCUUACCACCUUCCACAUGGCCUUUGCUACCGUCGGCACACGUCUGUUGGCGAGGUAUACGCACCUUCUCGACGGUCUUGCCAACGUCGAGAUGACCAAUGAACGAUGGAUCAAAAACAUUCUCCCCAUCGGCGCCCUCUUCUCAUGCUCGCUCAUUUUCAGCAACAUGGCGUAUCUCACUCUCGGCGUCAGCUUCAUCCAGAUGCUCAAGGCUUUUACUCCUGUUGCUGUGCUGCUCAUCUCGUUCGCCUUUGGCCUCAAGCAGCUCUCGGGCACCCUUACCAUGAUCGUCGGAUGCAUUUCAUUUGGUGUUGCGCUCGCUUCCUACGGUCAGGGUGACUUUGCCAUGUCCGGUUUCAUCUGCCAGGUGCUCGCCAUCGCUUUCGAGUCUUCGCGUCUCGUCAUGAUCCAGGUCCUCCUUCAGGGCCUCAAGAUGGACCCUCUGGUCUCGCUCUACUACUUUGCACCCGUCUGCGCUGCUAUCAACGCUUUGGUGCUCCCGUUUACCGAGGGCCUCGUUCCGUUCUUCCAGAUCUCCAACUUGGGUCCCUUUGUGCUUUUCACCAACGCCGGUGUCGCCUUUGGUCUCAACAUUGCCGCCGUCUUCCUCAUCGGCGCCGCCAGCUCCUUGACGCUGACUCUCGCUGGUGUCAUCAAGGACAUCUUGCUCAUCCUGGGCUCCAUGCUUCUCCUCGGCGACACUGUUACUGGCCUCCAAUUCUUCGGUUACGGCAUUGCCCUUGCCGGUCUCGUUGCUUUCAAGACGCACAAGGGCUAA